UCGAAAUACUGUGGUGCCCUCUGUGCGGUGCGCCGGUUAUUUAGCGUAGCAGAACUCGGCUCCGGAGCUCAGACCUCAGUCGGUAAGCAGUCUGUGUCGCCAGCAAAAUGGUUUCGUCGAGUCGCUCGCGGUAAAAACCAUUGCGGGGAUUCAGUGAAAACGGGCGUCGCGACGUCUUUGACAAUGUCAGUGUAAGCCAGUGCGACCUCGGAAAUCACCAACUGAGGGGGCGAUAAUGAGUGGUUCUAGAGGUACCACCUCCUCGGCCGUGAAGAAUGCCGUCUCUCUCAAGCCGAUCGAGGUACCAGAAGCCCUGCAAAAGGGCGAGAAGUUCAUCAAGUGGGAUGAGGAUUCCGGGAUGGGAACCCCCGUAACGCUUAAAGUAGACAAAUUUGGAUUUUUUCUUCAUUGGACCGAUCAGAAAAAUGAAAGCGAUAUGUUGGAUAUAGCGAAUAUUCGUGAUACAAGAACUGGACGUUACGCAAAAAUUCCUAAAGAUCCUCGAUUAAGACAAGUAGUCGCUAUGGGUGCACAAGCGGACACAUUAGAAGAAAAAACCGUUACCGUGUGUUGCGCAAGCGAUUUCGUUAACUUGGUCUUCAUCAACUUUUGCUGUACGAAAAAGGAUAUCGCUCAACUUUGGACGGACGCGCUCAUGAGCUUGGCCUAUAAUCUUAACCAAGUCAAUGGGACUACCAGUUUUUAUCUUUUAAAGGCUCACACUAAACUUACCAUGAUGGCUGAUCGAAGCGGAAAAAUACCAGUUAAAAAUAUAAUAAAAAUGUUUGCUAAUCAAAGGGAUGAUAAGAAAAGAUUAGAAAAAGCUUUAGAAUCGAUCGGACUUCCAUACGGGAAAAACGACGCUGUUAGCCCGGAAAAAUUUGAGUUUGAAUCAUUUUUUAAUUUAUACAAAAAUUUAACGCAAAGGCCGGAAGUUGAACAAGUAUUUUGUGAAUUAACUGAAGGGGUAAAGAAAGGUAACAUGACGAUUCAACAAAUCGUCGAUUUCCUAAAUAAACAACAAAGGGAUCCAAGGCUCAACGAAAUUCUACAUCCUUACGCAAAUUCGGCGAACGCACUCGAAAUUAUUAACCAAUACGAACCAAAUAAAUCCAACGUUCAAAAAGGUCUUUUAUCCUUCGACGGUUUUCUUCGAUAUUUACUCUCAGAAGACAAUAAUAUCCUAUCUCAAACAACUUACGAUCUCUCCCACGAUAUGGACCAACCUUUACCCCACUACUUUAUAAAUUCUUCGCACAAUACUUACUUAACGGGUCAUCAAAUAACCGGAAGGAGUAGCGUGGAAAUUUAUCGGCAAUGUUUAUUAGCAGGAUGUCGAUGCGUUGAAUUGGAUUUUUGGAAUACAAGAAAUUCAGAUGAACCCGUUGUCGUUCAUGGUUACACAUUCGUACCGGAAAUACCCGCAAAAGAAGUUUUGGAGGCAAUCGCGGAGAGUGCAUUUAAAACUUCUGAUUACCCAGUGAUAUUAUCAUUUGAAAAUCAUUUAAGACCGAAGCAACAAGUGAAAUUAGCGAAUUAUUGUAGAGAAAUUUUUGGUGAUAUGCUAUUAGAAGCACCUUUAGAGACGCAUAAAUUAGAACCGGGGGUUGCUCUUCCACCGCCUUCAAUGUUAAAAAGAAAAAUUAUUAUUAAAAAUAAAAAGAAACACCAUCAUCAUCAUCGCGGUCAAUCGAGAUCUUCACCUGAAGAUUACAAACCCGAAGAAAGUAAAGGAAAUGGCGAAGUACCUCAUCCCCCACCUUUAUCACAAACUCGUCAAGGUUCUAAAGAAUCAACAGGAACUGAAGAUGAAGAUUCAACUAGCGAAGAAGAAGAAGUUGAAGGACCGGAAGUUGAAGCUUCCGUGGAAGGUGUUAGUGGUUUAAGCGGCGAUGAUACUCAAAGAGAAUCUGAAACUGAAGCGGAAGCAAGUGCUGAAAUAUCCGCUUUAGUAAAUUACGUUCAACCGGUACAUUUUAGUAGUUUCGAAAGCGCUCAAAAGAAAAAUCGUUGUUACGAAAUGUCAUCGUUCGAUGAAAGACAAGCGACCACUCUUCUUAAAGAAAAACCAAUUGAGUUUGUUAAUUAUAAUAAACAUCAAUUGAGUAGGGUGUAUCCAGGUGGAACUCGAUUUGAUUCCUCGAAUUUUAUGCCCCAAUUAUAUUGGAACGCCGGAUGUCAAUUGGUGGCGUUAAAUUUUCAAACUUUAGAUUUAGCAAUGCAACUUAACCUUGGAAUUUUCGAAUACAACCAAAGAUGUGGGUUUUUAUUAAAACCGGAAUUCAUGAGAAGAACUGACCGAAGAUUAGAUCCUUUCGCCGAAUCUACCGUCGAUGGAAUCAUAGCUGGAACGGUUGAAAUAACAGUAUUAUCUGGACAAUGUUUAUCUGAUAAAAGAGUAGGAACUUACGUUGAGGUUGAUAUGUAUGGUUUACCAGCGGAUACUGUAAGAAGAAAAUUUCGAACGAGAGUUGUCAGUAAUAAUGGAAUAAACCCAGUUUAUAGUGAUGAACCUUUCGUUUUUAAGAAAAUUGUUCUCCCUGAAUUAGCAUCUAUUAGAUUAUCAGCUUACGACGAUUCCGGAAGAUUUAUCGGACAUCGCGUUUUACCUGUUGUUGGAUUAUGCCCCGGGUAUCGCCAUGUUAAUCUAAGAACCGAAUUAGGCCAACCAAUACCGAUGGCGGCGUUAUUUCUCCACAUAGUAGUUAAAGAUUACGUCCCAGACGAUUUUGCUGAUUUCGCCGAAGCUUUAGCAAACCCAAUAAAAUAUCAAAGCGAUUUAGAAAAACGUGCUCAACAACUCUCAGUGUUAACAGACGACUUAGACCCAUUGGCUGACACAAUCGAGCCAGCACCCAAUAGGAAUAACACUUCAUUCUCAAACGCACCCCCAACAUCCAAUGGAAGUCCAACAAAACCCCCAGCGAUUGCUUUAACAGCCGGUUCCUUAGACAUGUCGAUUGAUAACGAUGUGCCACCAAGCAGCGUUAUGAUGCAAACUUCACCGAAUCUUAGCGGAAGCGUUGAGCAUAACUCCCUUGCAAAAGUUGAUGUUAAAGAAGAAAAAAUCGAGGAAGUUAUUGUUGCGGAACCGAUUGAAAAGAUCAUGGAAAAUAAAUUGGUGAAGGAAAAACGACUCGAAUGCGAAAAGAAAGUUGAGAGUAUGCGGAAGAAAUAUGAAAAAGAAAAGAAAAAAGUCACGUCGUUUCAUUCACAAAAAUCCGGGGAAUUAAGUGGCGAAAAAAAAUCUUUUAUCAACAUCAAAUUAGUAAAGAAAUUAUCCAAACCUAACAUAACAUCAACUUUUUCAACUGAAUCACCAAGUUCGGAACCUCUAACUCGCGUAAUCGAUCAACAAGAAAGUUGUACAACAACAGAACCAGAUAAACCAUUGAUCCCGCGAAGCCAAUCCGAACGAUUGCUGGCAAUCCACAAAGAUUACCUCGCAAAAGAACGAGAUUUACGCGAACGAUAUCACGAGAUAAUCUACAGCGCGGCCGAUAAAGUUUUAAAACAAUCCCAGGCGAAUCAAACGAAACAAUUAAAAGCAAGAUACGAUAGGGAUACAUUUGAAACAAUGCGUCGAUUACAGCUAAAAAGACGCGAAGAGGUUAAAGCACUCGAAAAGAAACAUAAAGAUCGCGAUGAACUCGAUCGGAUUAAACGUGAGGUGAAUCGUGAGGUUGUUGAAAAAGGUGUUAUGGAAAGGGAAAAAUUGUGUAAAGCAUUCCAAGAUAAUUUGACUGAACUAGAAAGGCAACAUGAAACUGUACGAAAUGCUUUCGCCGAACACAAAGCGAAGGCUAAAUCAAUGUUGGAAAAAGAAUUUGAAGCACGUUCCUCAAAAGUCGACGGAGAGUGUAGUAUGCAAGAAGAAUGAAUUAAUAAAAAAAUUUAGAUGAGAAGAGAGCACAUUGCUUAACGUAACCACGACAAUCAACUUAACAGACCGUUUAGGGUGUGCUUAGUUGCUAUAAAAAGUAAAUAAAAAAGAUUUAAAAAAAAAGA